AGCAGUCAGUUCCGGGAGUGCUCGAGCGGGAGCGGCCUCUGUCUCAGCGCUACUCCCUGACUGUCACCGUCUUCCACCCCACUUCCUGACCCGCGGGUGUGGGCUCGGUCAUGGUCGGGUACCACCCGGCCGCCGGGGAAGGGGAGCAUGGGCUGAGUCCCGCAGAGGUGGCGGCGGCAGGCUCCGUGUCGGGCUUCCUGACGCGAAUUCUCAUCAACCCACUGGAUGUCAUCAAAAUCCGGUUUCAGCUUCAAAUUGAACAGUUAUCGCUGUUUGAGCCAGGAGCCAAAUAUCAUGGCAUUUUGCAGGCAACUAACACAAUCCUCAGAGAGGAGGGUCUUCAGGCAUUCUGGAAAGGUCACAUCCCAGCCCAGCUUCUUUCUGUCUCCUAUGGAGCCGUCCAGUUUGUGAGUUUUGAAUUUCUAACAAAGUUUGUCCACAAUGCUACGCUUUAUGACUCGAGGAUUCCCACAGUGCACUUUGUAUGCGGGGGCUUGGCAGCGUGUUCAGCCACGGUUACUGUGCAACCACUUGACACUCUCCGCACCAGAUUUGUGGCACAGGGUGAGCCAAAGGUUUAUAGGAGUCUGUGGCAUGCAGUAGUCACCAUGUACAGAAAUGAAGGACCCCUGUCAUUCUAUCGAGGCCUCACUCCCACUCUAGUAGCUGUUUUCCCCUACGCUGGGUUUCAGUUUGCCUUUUACAACAUUUUUCAACAUAUCUGUGAAUGGGCUGUGCCAUCACGUGAAGCCUGGAUGGUUAAUGUAGAGAAUCUGGUGUGUGGCGGCGGUGCAGGGGUCAUAAGUAAAACACUAACAUACCCCUUUGACCUCCUUAAGAAGAGACUGCAGGUGGAAGGAUUUGAACAAGCACGCACUGCCUUUGGACAGGUACAGACCUACAGUGGUUUCCUGGACUGUGCCUAUCAAGUGGCUCAGACUGAGGGCCUGAGGGGAUUUUUCAAGGGCCUGUCCCCUAGCAUGCUGAAAGCAGCCGUCUCCACUGGAUUCAGCUUCUUCUGGUACGAACUCUUCUGCAAUAUCUUGGGAAACCAUAAAAAGCGUUUAGAAUAUCAGCGACGCUUCAGACACACAAUUCCCUCACAAUGAGAAACAACUAACUACUUUCAUCGGACUGCCUUAACUUAGCAGUAGUUUUGUUUCUAUUGUGAGUUCUUCUAAUUUGUUGGGAGCAAUGGAGUCCCUUUAGAAUCCCUCCCACUCCACCUGGCUGUGCAGAGAAUUUUUGCACUGUUAUUGGAUCUGUCUCAUGGACGAAUGGUUGGAGCUGUCUGAACAACCUACUGAUGCUUUUUGUAAAGUAUAAAACAGAGGAGAAUUCAACAGCAUUGGGCUGUUACUUUAAAUGGAGAGAAUAAAGUUGCUGUUCUCAUUUAACUCCUGAGCAUAGCCAACAAUGGAAUGGAAACUAGAUUGCAAUUAAGAGUCCUAUUUAAAAAAAAGUUAAUAUUUAUUUUUCUAAAGUGAUGCAUGUAUUUGGUAAUCUGUUUAUCAUUUUGGCUUCAUUUUAUGAAAAAGUGCUAAAAUAUAAAUAUAUAUUAUAUGUAGGUAUAAAUGUUUAUUUGGAGUUUGAGAAUAUUGCACUAUUGAUGUUCAGAUUGCCAGCACCUGUCAACUAUUUUCUUGGUCAGUUUUGCACAAGGUUCAAUGCAUUGUAAGAGUGCCCAAACACUGCCUGUGGGUCAUAUCCCCCAGGUCGUAGGUCUGAUUCUCAGUUGGUGUGGAGUCAGCAUAUCAGGUAAUUGAGGCUUCAGACCUUCUCCGGAGUGGGUUGGGGAACUCAGUCACUCCUGAUCACUUGUUGCUUCAGAAGUGAGCAAUAGCCAUAAAUAGGAUCAAGUACAGUUGUGAUGCUCUCUGUUGUCAGAGUCUUGUAACACUUCGCACCUGGGCAUGAAUGUAAGUGGUGAUUCAGGUAACGGACAAGAGGUUAUCAGUAAUUCAGGAGAAAGGGCUUUUGUGGCACAAUGGUAGUGUCUCUACCUCUGGGCCAGGAGGCUUGGGUUCAUGUUCUACCUACGCUGAAUGCAUGUCAUUACAUAUCUGAACAGGUUGAUACUUUUAAUUUUUUUUAAAAUAUAACUCAGGAGAUGGUAGGAGUGAAGUGCAAAGGAGAGAGUGUUGAGGUAAAUGUUUAAGCAUUUAAACUUUAAAUCAUCCUAAAACUGUCAUCACUUGUGAAGAAUUGCCUCCUCUCUGUAUGGUUCAUACAUUUUGUAAUAAAGAUUUCUGAAGUAUUUUUAGUAAA